CUCACUUUCUUUCACCCCUCUCCCCUCCCCCUCUGCGUUUUGCUCCUUGGGGGCUUUUAUCGAUAACGAACUUCAGAUUGCUCUGUUUGUAGAUUUUAUCCAAUGGAGGAGGAGAAUCAGAGAAGCAGGUUCAGGAAAGUUUGUGUCUUUUGCGGAAGCCACUCUGGUAAUAGAGAAGUUUUCAGUGACGCUGCCAUCGAACUCGGCAAUGAACUCGUGAAGAGGAAGAUAGAUUUGGUUUAUGGAGGAGGAAGUGUUGGGUUGAUGGGUCUUAUAUCCAGGAGAGUCUAUGAAGGUGGUUUCCAUGUCCUCGGGAUCAUUCCCAAAGCUUUGAUGCCAAUAGAGAUAUCUGGUGAGACUGUUGGAGAAGUAAGGGUUGUUGCUGACAUGCACGAACGUAAAGCUGCAAUGGCACAAGAAGCUGAGGCCUUCAUUGCUCUCCCUGGAGGUUAUGGAACAAUGGAGGAGCUGCUGGAGAUGAUCACAUGGUCACAACUUGGUAUCCAUAAGAAGACGGUUGGUAUAUUGAAUGUUGAUGGCUACUAUAACAAUUUGCUAGCUUUGUUUGACACGGGGGUCCAAGAAGGUUUUAUCAAACCAGGGGCACGUAAUAUUGUGGUUUCUGCACCAACAGCCAAAGAGCUUAUGGAGAAGAUGGAGGUUAGCCUUUCCCUUUAUUUCUUGUUCUGUGAUUAUGUAGUCACUUUGUAUCUACUCAAUAGUUUGUUUUUCAUAUUUUUGACAGGAAUAUACUCCUUCACACAAGCAUAUUGCAUCCCACGAAAGCUGGAAUGUUGAGGAACUUGGAGCUUACCCGGGACAAGAAAGCAAGCAGCAAUAAAGAAAACGAAGAAAAAAACAUUCUCAUUGAUUAGAAGAUGCUACUUCCAUUUCAAGUUUUAGUCUGAUUUAUUUGCACAAUCCACAAUGUGUAUAAGAAAACUCAAAUCUUGUUGCAAUUUGAAACAAUCACAUUGGGUCCCAUUCCCAAAUAGUUGAAGUUUUGUUUUUCUUUGGGAUGUAUUCUCUAAUAAAGAAAAUAAAGUCUCAACC